AUGAUUGUCGCCAACUUAGAGCGAUUGCGUCAUCUUCUUGACCAUCAUUUAAAGAAUUUUUACGUAAAGGCUUCGUUUAUCUCAGAACGAACGAAAAAUGAAUUACAAACUGAUGAAUCACUAUCGACUGUGAACGACAUUAUUGAGAAAAUAUUGAGAUUGACACAAGAUCAAUUGACACAACUGAAUAAGACAAGAGGCGUUUUGUCAUUAGAAGCGCUUCAACGAGAACUGGAUGUUGUUAAACAACGACCAUCUCAUAUGAUAGAAAUCGCGAAUGUUUCUGUGGGAUUUGGAUGCUCUUUUGGUUUCUCCAUGGAUAUGUCUCAACGUGACGUACCUGACAGAUUUUAUGUUCAUUUACUCGGUGGAAUGAAUGGAUAUGACGCAAUUCAAAAUAGUGAAAACUUUUGCAACAAGAAACCAACGAAAUUUUACAAUUUUGAUGAUUGUUUGAAAGUAUUUGAAGAGUAUAUUGAAGACGCUCGCGCUUAA